CUUCAGCUCAAGUCAUAUUUCUUAGACAGCAGAAGCAGCAGCAGAAGAGAAUUCGCUCUCCGUUGCUUCAGUUUCCUAAACCUGCUUAGUGCUUCUGCUCUCUUUUAUAUAAAAGGCUAUUAAGAUUUUCGGAGAGAGGGAAAGAGAUGACAAGGGUAUCUUGGUUGGUUCUCCUAAUUUCACUUCAUUUCCUCAACAAUGUUCUGGCGGAUCAGAUCUUCACACCUCAGGCAGGUGGGACAUUUGGUCGUAGCUCUCGUGAACCAAAAUACAGCAUUGAAUACCUUCAAGCAGAUUCCCCCUACCAACCUAACGAUGAUCAGGAGUCAUUGGUGAUGUCAAAUGAGGAGGGGAAAAAGUACAUGUGUUUCUUGCCCAGUGUUGAAAAACCGAAAGCUGAAAGUUCAGUUGCUCAGCGUAAUUCAAGCAAUUCGAUUGUUGAAUCAGAAAGAAGUGUGAGAUUGAAGACACCAGAUGAACUUUUUGAGAAUUUGAAGGGUCCCUGCUUUAUUAGACAAGAAGGCUGGUGGACUUAUGAGUUCUGCUAUCACAAGAAGCUGCGACAGAUUCAUUUGGAGGGAGAUAAGGCGCUUCAGGAAUUUGUUUUGGGAGAAUAUGAUGCUGAAGCCACUGCUCUUUACAACCAGAAUUUGUCUGAUUUUUCUACUUUCAAAGAUCCGCGCUCAAAAGAUGCAUCUCAAAGGUAUCACACACACAUAUACACAAAUGGGACCCUCUGUGAUCUCACAAAUCAGCCUCGAGAAACUGAGGUGAGGUUUGUGUGCCAACCAGGGCCUAAAGGUGUGAUUACUUCUAUUGCGGAGCUAUCCACUUGCAAGUAUGCGCUUACAUUUCAAACCCCUUACCUUUGCAAGCACCCUAUGUUCAAACAAGAGAGACCCGUACAGCACACAAUUUACUGUAACGAGCUUCCUGAAGUUGCGGGGAACGAAGAUCAAAUCCCUCAUAGGGAAAGAGAAGAUAGCAUCAGUAGCAGCCCUACUAACUUUAAAGAUGAAAAGAUAAAAACGGUUGAAGGCGUGGUUGCGGAGCUACCUAAUUAUGAGGAAGAUGUUGAUUCAGAACAGUUCGCAGCAACAUAAUCUGAAGGGGCUCACUUAGGCUCAAAUUUAAGUUUGAUCUCAACUCAUUCAUAGGGUACAGCAAGUAAAAAUCUUAUUUUACAGCGUUAACAAUAUAUUGAUUUAAACCUAUAAAAUUACAAAAAUUUUACAUUACAUGUGUAUUGUGCAGUGGAGCUAUAUGAUCUCAUAGACCAAAAGAAUAAAUUAACUUCUUUAUUUAGUCUA